AGGCAGCUCGAAAGGAAAACAUCUUUUAUUUUAACAAUAAUAAUUCUACGUUUUGUUUGCACGACAGACCGAUUAAACGAGGCGUCAGAUCACAGUGCAGUUUGUUGCUUUCCCCUAUGGAUGGAUGGGAUGCACUUGGUUUGUUGAAGAAUGUUGACAGACCUUUUGGGGGUUUUGCAAUAGCAAAUGGGACUUAAAAUAGUGAAGUUGGCAAAGGGACCUCAGUCGUUGCGUUGUCUUAAGAGGCGAGAGUCGUAGUAUAGAAAAUGAGCCACUUUAAAACAUUUUAAAACAAAGUGUUUGAUUUUUUUUUCGCGGGGUGAGGUCAGGGUUGUAUGUGAUGCCGUGCCGAUAAAUAGUCUUGAAUUCUACAAUUGAAGCGGAUGUUUUGACCAGUUGCAAUAUAUUGCAAGCUGCAGGUUUGGAAUUCAUUUUAUUGAUGCAAGGAAAUGAAGCUUCUCUCCAAAAACAAAAUAUGCAAAGAACCCUCGCCUCUCUCGCCUCAGUAGUUUAGUUGGUUACACCUGCACAACCUGUUUGACACGGCCACAAAGAGCAGCCUGCGUGAGGGCCCUGACUGUCCAUAGCAUUACCAUGAAAGGAAUGGAAUAAGGAGGAAUGUUGUUCUUUUCAGAUUCCAUUUGAAUUUUUUCCCAAUUCAGCGACAAUCAGCUGAUGUUUUCCAUGGCGCAACAGAUGCCCACCAUGAAAAGAUUACAGGACCUGAUUUUGAGAAAAACUUUCAUAAGUAAGAUCAGUCGAGCAUCAAUAUAAAGAAAAUUCAUCUGUUUUCAUCACAUGAGAACAAAAGAAACAUUAUGCCUAACCAAACAGCCACCACUCCUCCUGAUGGUACCCGUCGUGGAUCGAUCAUAGGAUUUAUGCUGAUUCCUGUCACAAUCAUAGUUGGCAUUGCCAUUGCAGUUUUUGUGAUAAUAUACAUUCGAAAGAGACGCAGAUUAGAAAUGCUACGCAACAAACUGGUACCGAUUUACUCAUAUGACCCCAGUGAAAAUCGUAAUGAUGUGGAAGAAGAGUCUUUAGACCUUAAUGGAGAAGCAAAAAAUAGCCAUGAUCCUCCAGAAGAGAAAGAAAGCAAACAAAAUGAUAAUUGUCUCAACAGUUCAGACUCCAGCAGUGUUCUUUGACCCAAUCAACAAUGAUACAGGCACACUGGAAAGAAGAAACCAUUUUCUGAACAUAGAUGGUGUAUGGAAUUUACUGAUUCUGCCUGUAUUGAAAAGUAAGCGGGUACAGUUGAACAGCUGAAAGAAUUACUUUUUUUUAAACAACUACUUUGAACACAUUUCAGGUUGUGAUUUGUUGCAAAGGCUGGAUCUUUCAACUGUAAAUCUGAGUAUAAAAAUUACAAAUUUACAAAAGGAGGGGGAUAAUAAUUGUGGUAGAUUUUGAAUUAUAUUUGUGUUGUCUGUCUAUUUGUUUAUUUGAAGAAGAGGUUUUGGCAAAGGUCAGUGAAAAGUCCUGUCAUACAUUGAUAAAAAAGAAUCAUAUAUCAUGUGCACCUCUAUCUAAUUGUAUGCAGCACAGACUUUUGGAUUACAAAAUACUCUUUUUGGUUAUCUCUAAUGCGAAUGACAUUAGAAUUGUUGCUCUCAAUGUGUCACUUCAUUUGACUGUGUCUUUUGAAUUAUUUAACUUUUGAGCAUUUAUAUCACAGUCUAACUGAAUGGAACUUAAUUCAGUGCAAAGAUGUUUAGCAUGCUUUAGAAAGAUCUAACUUGCAUAAGGAUAGAAAGUCUCUGUUCUAAGGCUAUGUAAAUGUAAUUGCUCUAGUGGUAAAGGUGAAGCAUGCCAUAGACUGGUGCUUAUUGCAUCUUAUUAAAAUGCAUUUUGAACCCAUUUGGAUGCAUUUUGAAUCAAGUGAUAUAAACCAGAAACAUUGGUGACACUCAGGAUGUUUGGUAAUUGCACAACUCGUGGCUGUAUCACUUACUGCCACGUUGAACAUAAUCUAAGGCAAUAAACCUCUUGUGUUUUUCUGUUGA